AUGGCCGAACAUGAACAUCGCACUCUCGCCCCGCCCAACCUCACAUCUGGCGCCGAUGCGCACACGCCCGUAGAAACCCUUCGAUUGGCCGAACAAGCAGGGAUAGCCAAAGCGCAACUCUCCCUCCUCGACUUGAGCAUCAAAUCUUUCCUUGGAGGCGUUUUCAUCUCACUCGGCGCCGCAUUCGAUCUUGUCGUUGCCGGCGGCUCCCCGGGUUUGAGACAGAGCAACCCUGCACUUGCAACGCUGAUUAGCGCGUUUGUAUUUCCGGUUGGGUUUGUGCUUAUCAUUUUGACGAAUGUUGAGUUGUGUACUAGUAACAUGUUUGUUAUGGCAUAUUCCACCCUCCGUCGUCGCACCACCGUCUUCGACCUCCUCAAAAACUGGAUUAUUUCCUACAUUAUGAACAUAGCCGGCUGUCUCUUCUACGCUGGCAUCCUAUGCUACUGGUCCGGCACGCUCUCCUCUUCUGCGCAAAAAGAUUGGGCCGCUAGCCAAGCCAACACCCGCGUCAACGUAAACUGGGGGUAUAAUCUUACCAGAGGAAUAAUGUGUAAUUGGCUAGUUGGCAUUGCAUUUUUCUUUAGCACGGAAGGCAGGGAUUUGUUGGGCAAGAUUGUAGGAAUUUGGAUUGCGAUUUGGACUUUUGUGGGCAUGGGAUAUCAGCAUUCUGUAGCAAACUACCUCCUCGUCCCCAUCGGCAUGUUCUACGGCGGCACAAACUUUAGCGUUGGCAAAUUCAUCUGGAAUAGCUGUAUACCUGUUACCAUUGGCAACAUCCUGGGUGGUGCGUUCUUCGGUGCAUUUACUAUGUGGAUGGUGUACGGUAGACAUGAACCGAGUGUCAAGGAAAUGGAGAGGAAUACUAAAGAGGCAAAUGCGGAGAAUGGCGUGUAA